GUGUAUGAUGUAUACGCAGUCGCACCGCCGCAGUCCGUCCAACGAUAUAACAUUUUAGGAAAAUAGUUAUUAGAACUUUUGCGCAAAUUUAUUCGGUGCACACUCGUUAUGUAAAAAUCAAAAUCAAAUCGUUUUCAAAAUAUAGAAAACACGCCACGAUAAGGUCAUUUAUAAUAAUUUUGACGUACCCAUACGUCAAUAUAUUCCGUUUCAAGACAUUUAUAUUUCACCGUAAUAUAGGUAUAACCUAUACCAACCUACGAUAUAACAUAAAGCAUAAUUUUUGAUUUAAAAUAACUGAAAAUACUAUAUUAUAAUAGUUAAAUUUUGGUAACAUAUAGUGAUAAUUUUUUUUUUAUAUAAAUACCAGCAAUAUUGAUUGAAUUGUUUGAAUUGUUUUCAAUUAAAUAUCACAAUCACCCAUARUCAAAAAUACAGUUCAACUAUACGAUCGCAGUGAUUUUCUAGCGAUUCUAAAUAUGAUUUCAAAGUGUUUUUAUAUUUCGAAAGUGUAACAAAUAUUGCAAACAGCCAAAAAAAUUUUUGUUUUAAGUAAAUAUGUUCAUUACAAAACCAAAAUGGAUCGAAAAGGUCACCGUAGAACCAAUGCUGUUUUUAUAUUUUGUAACAUUAGCCAUCUCGGCUUUGGUGGGUACGAACUUGAUACUGCGRAAGGGAUGCGACGUGACGGCCGCCGAGCAGCCGGCUGACUUGAGGGAAAAGUGCCUGAACGAGAGCUACGCGCAAGAGUUGGUGGCCAAAAUCCAGACGUGGAAGCUGACCAUCCAGUACUCGGUGCCGCUGGUGUUCAUACUGUUCGCGGGCUCGUGGAGCGACACGCACGGCCGCCGCCGCCGGCCACUCAUGUUCAUACCGAUCGCCGGCCAGCUGCUGACGGACGCGUUCAACGUGCUCAACGUGUACAAUUGGCACUGGUCGCCCGCCGUGGCCGCCGUGUCCGAGUGCCUGGUGCCGGCGCUCACCGGGUCCCGGAUAUGCUGCGUGGUGGGCGUCGCGUCCUAUGUGGCCGACAUCACGCGUGUCCAGGAUCGGACCAAGCGCAUCGGCAUGCUCAUGUCGCUGUACUUCAUCGCCACGCCGGUGGGCGCGUGCACGGCCGGCUUCCUCAACGUCAACAUCGGCUUCUACGGCACGUUCGGCGUGUGCAUAGCGAUGAACGUGGCGGCGCUCGUGCUGGGCGCGGCCCUGGUCAAGGACACGUCCGUGCCCUACGACAAGGGCGCGUCAAUAUGGCAGACGGUCAACCCGAAGGUGAUCGCCGACUCGGUGCGCGUACUGGUCAAGAAACGGCCCAGUCGGUCGCUGCUCAUUUACAUGACCAUCGUGUCGCCGCUCACUAUCGGACCCAUGCAAGGUGAAUACUCCAUACUUUAUCUUUUUGUCAGAUAUAAAUUUGGAUGGAACGAAAUCGAUUACAGCCUUUACGCUGCAUACAAAAUGACAGGGAUACUUAUAGGGACUAUCGUAGCUAUAUGGUUAAUGAGUGUAAAACUGAAAAUGCACGACGCAGCAAUAGGAUUUAUCGGCAGCAGUUUYGACCUAAUCGCUGCUGUGUGUUAUAGUUUUGUCACUCAACCUUGGCAGCUGUAUGCAGUGCCAGUGAUAGAUAUUUUUCACGGUGCAGCAUUUACAGUUAGCACUUCGAUGGCGUCAAAACUCGUCGAUAAUAGUGAACUAGCACAACUCAAUUCCGUUCGUGGUAUGCUGGAAACGCUCGCUCCAAUUAUUAUUUAUCCGUUAUAUAAUCAAUUAUAUAAACUCACAUUUGAAACACUACCAGGAGCUUUUUUCCUAUUGACUGCGGUUAUUACUGUUCCAGUUGUCAUACUAUUCGGGUUGACAUACAAAGCCGAUCAAAAAAACAACAUAUUUAAAAAUAACGAAGAUAAUGGUGUAGCACAAAAAAAUAAAGACGAAUGUAACAAUACUGUCAAAGAAGAAUCGAUUAAAACUAUAAAUUCUGUUUGACAUCAUUCAYGUAUAAACGAAUGUGAUGUAAUAAUGUGGUGAAUUUAUUCACAGCAUAUUUAUUUGAUAUUAUGUUAUAACUGUUAUAACUUUAUAGCCUUCCUACCUAACUAUAAUAUAGACGUUAGACAUACCUACUUAUACCUUCAUUACCGUUAGUGUAGAACCAAAAUUGUAUUUAUGUAAAAUAGUCACUGUAAUAAAUUGUACCAUAUUUUAAACAAUAUUUGCUUACAUAAUGUAAAAUGUAAUUCAAAUUAAUACAAAAUCGUAAAUCCUCAUAAAUUUAGUGUUAAAUGUAAAUAUUAUUAAGACGUUCAGAUGAAAAGUUUUUGUGAUAUGUUUUAAUUGUUCUAAUUUGAUCUAUCUAAUAAAUAUUAUAAUUUUUUACUUUGUAAGCAUAUAGGUUAACGUUUUUAUAUGAAUAAGUUUAAAACUCUAAUGUACYUUACCUAUAAAAGGAACUGUUUUAUAGAUCCUCAAAUAGUAUUAAGUUUAUAGGAUAGAAUAUGUAUUGAACCUUUGUAAUUUGAGAUAAUAGCCAAUGUACCAAACCUAUCUAGGGGCUAUAAAAUGCUUAUAUAAGUUAUUCAAAACAUUUUUUUCAACCUGAAAUCCUUUGAUUAAUCGUUUAAUUUAUGUUAAAUGAAACUAUUGUGUUUUUAUAUGGCUAAAAAUAAAUUGAACUUUUGAAAGAA